AUGACCGCAGAGGAUAAAAAACUCUUGUUAGAAUAUAAUAAAUUAAGGGAAACCAAGUGUUUGCUGGAAGGAAAAAGUGAAACGAGCUGGCUACGACCUCAGAGAAGACACUUUCCUCAGUCUAAUCGCAGUUCAAUAGAAAAAGUCAGAGAAGAGAAGCAAGAGUUUAACAGUGGCAGGACUUCCUGGAUAACAAUUAACCCUCCUCAUCAUAAGGAAAGGAGGCAUUUUCCAGAAAGAAAUAACGCUAUCUUUGGAUGA